AUGAGACUACGUAACAACAACAAAAACGAUAAUGACAAUGAUAUCGAUCCAGAAUUUACAGUUGAUGAGGACCCUACUAUUCCCGAAAACAAUAAUGAAAAAGUAGUUCUGCGAGAUGAAAACAACAAGCGACAAUAUGCAAACAUCGAAGAUCUCGUGGAAAUACCCAAUGAUUCAACAAACACGUCAGAGCGAAAUUCACAACAACCGAAUCAACAAGAAUCAUCAUCAAAUCAACAAGAAUCAUCAUCAGAUCAACAAACAUCAUCAUCAAAUCAACAAGCAUCAUCAGAUCAACAAGCAUCAUCAUCAUCAAAUCAACGAGCAUCAUCAUCGAAUCAACAAACAUCAUCAUCAUCAAAUCAACAACCAUUUUCAUUGAAUGUACAACCGCCAUCUACGAUACCGCGUAGAGUUUCGGCAAGGUUUAAUACAUUCAAUAAUCUUCUAUUACUUCUUAUCUAUUCCACAACAGAAGGACGUACUUUUGGUAAAAUUCGUCGUCUACAAAUGGCUCUCAUACCCAUUGUUUUCAAAUUUGGUGUACUCUCUGCCAUGGUGGCCUUCCUAGUAGCGAUCGGCAUGAAAACUCUUUUCUUAGUCAAGGUCUUAGUGGUUAUGAACUUACUGGCACUCUUAGGUAAAUUCUUCACACUUAAAUCACACUUUGGUCAUGUUGAACAUGUUGCUGCUCCUCCUCCACCUACCUGGAAUUGGACUCCUUAUGCUAGCAGUGGUUGGCAAUCAGCUGCUCCCGUAGAACAUCAUAGCAACAAGGAAAUUCACUUACACAUUCAUGGUGGUCAAGGACAACCUCAAGUGAGCGGUUACUCAUAUGGCAGUAGUGCGGCAGCAGCUCCAACUCAUGGUUGGGAAAGACGUAAUGAUCCUUAUAGUGCCUAUGAGACAAUGGCAUUGCAGGGUCAACAAAAUGAAUUGGUGCCCAAUGAAUUGACUAGUUCACCAAAUGAUCAACAGUUUGGAAAUUUCCCCUCCAAUCAUCGAAUGCUUUGAAGACAACAGUAGUAAAUAUGUAGUAAUAUGUAACUAAAGCUUUAGUUUCUAUAAAAAGAACGAAAAGUUAGCUUUGUGUUUUUGUGAAACUAGCUUUGAAAUCUAAACUGGUCUUUAGUUAGUAAUUUAUUGUAAUUAAAUUUAGGAAGUAUAUAAAUAUUUUUAAAAUUUGCUUUAUUUUGUUGUAAUUAGUUUUAGUUUCUAAAAAAUCCUUUGUAAAAAUUAUUAAAAGCGAAGAAAAUUAUUUAUG